AUGCUGCCUUCUCGCAUUUCCCGCGCGCUUCCCCGCGCUGCUUUCGCUCGCACCACCCCUACUUCCAGAAUUCCCGGCGCUGCUUUCCGCCGAUGGAACUCUACAGAGGGUGGCGAGGAGAAGGUGAAGGGCCAGGUCAUCGGUAUUGAUCUGGGUACCACCAACUCUGCCGUCGCUGUUAUGGAGGGCAAGGCUCCCAAGAUUAUUGAGAACGCUGAGGGUGCCCGUACUACUCCCUCCGUUGUUGGUUUCGCCCAGGAUGGUGAGCGUCUCGUAGGUAUUGCCGCCAAGCGCCAGGCCGUUGUCAACCCCGAGAACACCCUCUUCGCUACCAAGCGUUUGAUCGGCCGCAAGUUCACCGACGUUGAGGUCCAGCGUGACAUUAAGGAGGUUCCCUACAAGAUUGUCCAGCACUCUAACGGUGAUGCCUGGGUGGAGGCCCGUGGCCAGAAGUACUCUCCUUCUCAGAUUGGUGGUUUCGUCCUGAACAAGAUGAAGGAGACCGCUGAGGCCUACAUGGGCAAGCCAGUCAAGAACGCCGUCGUUACUGUUCCCGCGUACUUCAACGACUCUCAGCGUCAGGCUACCAAGGACGCCGGUCAAAUUGCCGGUCUCAACGUUCUUCGUGUCGUUAACGAGCCCACUGCUGCCGCUCUUGCCUACGGUAUGGAGAAGGAAAACGACCGUGUCGUCGCCGUCUAUGAUCUCGGUGGUGGUACCUUCGAUAUUUCCGUUCUGGAGAUCCAGAAGGGUGUCUUCGAGGUCAAGUCUACGAACGGUGACACCCACCUUGGUGGUGAGGACUUCGAUAUCCACCUCGUCCGCUUCAUCGUCGAGCAGUUCAAGAAGGAGUCUGGUGUUGACCUCUCCGGUGACCGCAUGGCCAUUCAGCGUGUCCGUGAGGCCGCCGAGAAGGCCAAGAUCGAACUGUCCUCUUCCCUCCAGACCGAGAUCUCCCUUCCCUUCAUCUCCGCUGGCCCCAGCGGUGCCCUCCACAUCAACCAGAAGAUGACCCGUGCUCAGCUCGAGUCUCUCGUUGAGCCCCUCAUCAGCCGUACCACCGAGCCUGUUCGCAAGGCUCUCAAGGAUGCCAACCUCCAGUCUUCUGACAUCCAGGACAUCAUCCUGGUUGGUGGUAUGACCCGUAUGCCCAAGGUUACCGAGUCCGUCAAGGCCAUGUUCGGCCGUGAUCCCGCCAAGUCUGUCAACCCCGAUGAGGCUGUCGCCAUUGGUGCCGCUAUUCAGGGUGCCGUCCUGGCCGGUGAGGUCACCGACGUUCUCUUGCUCGAUGUCACUCCCCUCUCUCUCGGCAUCGAGACCCUCGGCGGUGUCUUCACCCGUCUGAUCAACCGCAACACCACCAUCCCCACCAAGAAGUCCCAGACUUUCUCCACUGCUGCUGACAUGCAGACCGCUGUUGAGAUCAAGGUCUUCCAGGGUGAGCGUGAGCUCGUCAAGGACAACAAGCUCCUCGGAAACUUCCAGCUUGUCGGCAUUCCCCCUGCCCACCGUGGUGUUCCCCAGAUUGAGGUCACCUUCGACAUUGAUGCCGACUCCAUCGUCCACGUCAACGCCAAGGACAAGUCUACCAACAAGGACCAGUCCAUCACCAUUGCUUCCGGCUCCGGUCUUUCGGACUCUGAGAUCCAGUCCAUGGUCGAGGAUGCUGAGAAGUAUGGUGAGGCUGACAAGGAGCGCAAGGCCGCCAUCGAGGCCGCCAACCGCGCCGACAGCGUCUUGAACGAUACUGAGAAGGCCCUCAAGGACUUCGAGGACCGCCUUGACAAGACUGAGGCUGAGUCUAUCAAGGAGAAGAUCGCCACUCUCCGUGAGUUCGUUGUCAAGAACCAGUCUGGCGAGGGCACUGCCACCGCCGAGGAGCUCAAGGAGAAGGUCGACGAGCUCCAGACCGCCUCUCUCACCCUGUUCGACAAGAUGCACAAGGCUCAGAACGAGCAGCAGCAGCAGGGUGGCGAGCAGCAGGGUGAGAACAAGCAGUAA